UCUCGGCAUGAUACUACCCUGAUGUUCUUAUCAGUUCGCGGCGUGUUUUUGUCUUCUGAAAUGGGAAAGGCACAUGCAUGCCCAACUCUGCUCUGAACAAAGAUGAGUUGGAGUUGUCUGCUCAAUAGUGCCAAUAUUUCCGUUCCUUGUGAUGCUCCGUACCCCGUGGCCCUAGUGAUGCUAAACUUGCAUCACUAGCUUACCUUUCUGCCCUCCUUUGAUGAAAGGACCAAGAAAUGAAUAAAGUGGUGUUCUGGCAGAGAGUCAUGGAACCUAUCAUAUUGGCCAGUGGAUGAGUUAAUACAUAUACUUCACCUCAGUUCAGCACUGGUAACCUAGGCUCGGCCACCAUGGCAGGGCUUGGUACUGGAGCACCAAUUGUGAAGGUGUACCAUGAGAAGUCUAUGAUCUUACCGGACGUGUCAAGGGUGCUUGCAUGCCUGUAUGAGAAGGAUAUCGCCUUUGAGAGAGAGACAUUCUCCUCUUACAAGAGCCUACUCAGACUUCAGGCAUCGAGCCAUGUUCCAGUUCCAUUCUAUGAUGGACCUAAUAAAUUCCUAGAAGAAUCAAGAGAAAUCUGCCACCAUAUAGCAGAGACUUAUGAAGAUCACGGAUAUCCAUUUCUCCUUGGGAAGGAUUCCCUUGAGAGGGCUUCCAUCGAGGAAUGGCUCCACCACGAAGAGCAUAAUUUCAACCCUCCGAGCAGAUCCUUGUUCUGCCACUUGGCCUUUCCCGUUGAUGAAGAAGAUGAUGAUAUAGACUUGCAGACGAGAAAGCUGGAAGAUGUUCUGGAAGUUUAUGAGCAAAGGCUUGGUGACAGUGAAUUCCUUGCUGGCAACAAGUUCACUCUUGCCGACCUUGUACACCUGCCAAACUCCUACCACAUCACAAAUUCUGAAAAGUUUCUGUACCUAUAUGAUUCAAGGAAGAAUGUGCAGAGGUGGUGGCAUGAAAUUUCUAGCCGGGGUUCUUGGCAGAAGGUGCUGAAGGUUAUGCAUGAGGUGGAGCAGCAGAACAAACAGGAGGAACUUGACAAGCAGCAGCAGCACAAACAGGAGGAACUUGAGAAGCAGCAACGCCGUCAGUGGCGGAGACAGCAUCCUCCAACCAGCAGACCCCAGUUCCGUCUAGACUCCUGGGAGCAACCCAGCACAAAACCUCACACGAUAUUUGUUCGCCCCCCUGCUAAUAUCAUCGCAACAUCUCCCACAGCUCCUCAAGCAGAGGAGCCUCAUCCUACAGAAACUUCCCCUGAUGAAACACCAGUCUCCUCAAGCCUAAGUAUCCCUACUACUCAUAAACCUUCAGAUGUCCGAAGCAAACACACUACCAUUUCUACUACACAUGAAGAAACUCCACCAGCCUCCGUCCAAAGUACUCCUAGAAUUCCUGAAAAAUCUGCUACUCCUAGAAUUCCUGAAAAAUCUGCUAUUCCUGUCGAAAGAAGAAUCAACUUUUUUACCCCAGCUACCUCUCCUACCAAGCCCUCAAGAACUGGCGGUGAUAAGCCCAGAAUUGGAGAUGCCUCACUAACUUCUGAAGCCACUGAAGUAGACCUCCCUACUAAAUCCAAGCCAAGUUCGUCCAGAAAAGCACCUAAUAAUCUUCAUGUGUUUGAUUACUAUGAGGCAAGCAGACAUACUGAUGAAGCAGAACCUUAUACUGGAUCCACCUCACCUAAACCUUCAGAAAUGCUGGACGAGAUAUCUGAAACUGAUAGACCCAGCAAUGCCAUUGAUCAUGCUGAAACCAGUCCAAGAUCAGCUAAAGAAGAUCCUGACCUACUCAGUGCAUCAGGUUUAUGGACCGACAACACAGCCCCCAAUGCUGAUACUCAGGAUAAGAAAUCAGUCCGAUACACUGAGCUUACUCCACAAAGACCUGUUGGAAGUAUUUCUAGCAGAGCUACUGACCAGAGAGUUACAUACACAUCUCCUGGGAAGCCCCGUCCAAGUGAAGCUCAUCAGAAACUGCAGUCUGAGCAGUGGCAUGCUGCUACAGCUGGUUUCAGUAACCGAAAGGGAGAAGCUGAUGAUUUAAUGCCUCCUACUCAACAAGCAAAAGCUAGCAAAGAUGUCUCAUCACAAGAUUCAGAACAAGCCAGCACUCGUCCUCUUGCACAAGAACCAGCGAGCAUGGAUGGGCAACUGGCUCAAGGACCGGAAAGGCCCCCUUAUGCACGGAAGCAAGCUGAGGAAGCAAGAAGGUUCCCUGCUGACCGCACAGAAGAUGCUUCUCUCCCCAAACGUGCACGAGAUGACACUCAGGCUAUUCCAUUAUAUGAUGAUGAUACCAACCAGGAAGCCAAAGAAACUGCGUCUGCACCAAGGCGAACAAGAGCUCAAGAUCCAUACGAUACCUCUGAAGGAACAUCAUCUAGAUCACAACAUGUCAAUGCUCCACAUGAUGCUGUUCCUCCGCCCAAGCGAGCAACAUCUGAAGGCCCUUAUGGACGAAAGGAUGUUGUGGAAGCAAGGAGGUUCCCUGCUGACCGCAGGAAAGAUGAUCCUCCCCCGAAGCGUGUACAAGAUGACACUAAAGCUAUUCCAUUAUAUGACGAUGAUGAUACCAACCAGGAAGCCAGAGAAACUGCAUCUGCACCAAGGCGAACAAGAGCUCAAGAUCCAUAUGAUACCUCUGAAGGAACAUCAUCUAGAUCACAACAUGUCAAUGCUCCACAUGAUGCUGUUCCUCCGUCCAAGCGAGCAACAUCUGAAGGCCCUUAUGCACGAAAGGAUGUUGUGGAAGCAAGGAGGUUCCCUGCUGACCGCAGGAAAGAUGAUCCUCCCCCGAAGCGUGUACGAGAUGACACUAAAGCUAUUCCAUUACAUGACGAUGAUGAUACCAACCAGGAAGCCAGAGAAACUGCAUCUGCACCAAGACGAACAAGAGCUCAAGAUCCAUAUGAUACAUUUGAAGGAACAUCAUCUAGAUCACAACCUGUCAAUGCUCCACAUGAUGCUGUUCCUCCGCCCAAGCGGGCAACAUCUGAAGACCUUUAUGCACAAAAGGAUGUUAUGGAAGCAAGAAAGUUCCCUGCUGACCGCAGAAAAGAUGCUCCUGUCCCGAAGCGUGUACGAGAUGACACUCAAGCUAUUCCAUUAUAUGAUGAUGAUGAUGGUACCAAGCAGGAAGCCAGAGAAACUGCAUCUGCACCAAGGCGAACAAGAGCUCAAGAUUCAUAUGAUACAUCUGAAGGAAAGUCAUCUAGAUGGCAAUCUGUCAAUGCUCCACAUGAUGCUGUUUCUCCGCCCAAGCAAGCAACAUCUGAAGGCCCUUAUGCGCAAAAGGAUGUUGUGGAAGCAAGAAAGUUCCCUGCUGACCGCAGAAAAGAUGCUCCUCUCCCGAAGCAUGUACAAGAUGAAACUGAAGCUAUUCCAUUAUAUGAUGAUGAUGAUGAUGGUAGCAACCAGGAAGCCAGAGAAACUGCAUUUGCACCAAGGCAAACAAGAGCUCAAGAUCCAUAUGAUACACCUGAGGGGACAUCAUCUAGAUCACAACCUGUCAAUGCUCCACAUGAUGCUGUUCCUCCGCCCAAGCGAGCAACAUCUGAAGGCCCUUAUGCACAAAAGGAUGUUGUGGAAGCAAGAAAGUUCCCUGCUGACCGCAGAAAAGAUGCUCCUCUCCCGAGGCGUGUGCGAGAUGAUAUUCAAGCUAUUCCAUUAUAUGACGAUGAUGAUACCAACCAGGAAGCCAAGCAAGCUAAGCAUGCUCAUCAGAAACUGCAGUCUGAGCAGUGGCAUGCUGCUACAACUGGUUUGAGUAACCUAAAGGGAGAAACUGAUGAUUUAAUGCCUCCUACCCAACAAGCAAAUCCUAGCAAAGAUGUGCAACAUAUCUCAUCACAAGAUGCAGAACAAGCGAACCCUCGUCCUCUUGCACAAGAACCAGUAGGCAUGGAUGGACAACUGGUGCAAGGACCAGAAAGGACAGCUCAAACACCCCACACUGAUCAGAGGACAGAUGUUUCUUCCAGGCUUUGGCAACAAGUUGUUGAUGUUCAAGGAAUUGCUGAGGACAGAACAUCAUCUGAUCAUGAAGGUGCUGUAAGCCCCCCUUAUGCACGCAAGGAUGCUGUGGAAGCAAGAAUUGUCCCUGCUGAUCGCAGAAAAGAUGCUUCUUUCCCAAAGCAUGCACCAGAUGCUAGGGAUGUCUUUAGAGAGUCAAAGGUUGCUGAUUCCACACCAUUGCAAAAGAGAUACCCUGAUGCCAAAGACGCCGCCAAGAAAUCAAAAGUUACCUUUGAAGAAACAAAAAAUUAUGAUUCUCCAUCAUCACAAGGGCAACCUUUGGAUUCUCAGAGAGCUGAUGCCCCAUCAUGGAAGAAAGAAGCAACUGAAGAUCCUCGUGCAGCUUCACUAGUCAAAAAGAGACACUCCAAUGUUGAAGACACCCCCAAACAAUCUAGGGAUAAUGAUUUUAAGCCAAGGCAAAUUGUGGGUCAAGAUGUUCAAGGCACCUACAAAGAAACAAGGACUUGGCAAGCUGCAACCACUCCAACAGAGGGUGGUCCCAGUGUGACACCACCAUCUAAAAGGAGGUCUCCAAGUGAUGAAGACACCAUCAAACAACCUGGGGGCACUGCUCCAGCACCUAGGCGGACAACUUCCCAUGAUGCUAAUGUCACAUUUCAAGAUUCAAAGCCUGCUGAUUCCAUGUCAUCUAGGGAGCAGCCUUUGAGAUCAAGACAAGAGGUUGAAGAUUCUCUUAAAGGAGACAUUGUUGAUGACCGAAAAGGAGCACCACCUCUGUUGGGCCAAGAACCAAGUUCCCAAGUCCAACGUGCCACAGAACUGUCACAGGAAGCAGGUCCUGAUGGAGAACUGUCCACCAUUGAUCAAUGGCGGCGCACAUCUGUGCCAUUACAAGGUGGUGAUGUGCUGGGUGGGUCUAUCAUUGAUCAAAAGCCAACGCCAAUGAGUGAACAAUCAAUACCCAGUGCUCGGGGUGCCAAUGAGAUGGUCAAAAAAGAGCAAAGAAUGGUACCACCUGCACGAACAGGAGCACAAACGCCUGAUGUUCAGCGUGCUCCGUCAUCAUUCUCAGGAGCUGACAUGGCUGAAAGAGAUGGAGAGCCGGUACAAAUGCAAGCACCUACCCAGCAUACUCGUCCUACUUCAGUGCCUGCUAGAAGAGAAAUUCCUGAUGCUCGGGACACUAGUGAUCAAGAGUUUACUAACAAAUCUGAUGCCCAAAGAUGGAAUGCCUUGAAAGCUAAGCAUGAUUUGGCCAUGACCAGUGAAGAUGUUCGGGAUGACAGUCCAUCACCUCAUGAUGCUACUGUUGACAACAAGACAGCAUUGCCUGCUAGUGAAGCACAAGGUUCAGACACUUGGCCCGGUUCAACAGCAACCCCCGUAAAUGCUCAACCUACCAGUGAUGACGCACGUGUCGGAAGAUUUUUACGUGAUCAAGGGGCACAACCACCUGAAUCAACUCAAGCACAAACCCAUUUUGAUGCUCCACAUGACUCUGUAUCAACCCCAGAUGUACCUCGUGACACCUUGGACAAAACCAAAUCUGCCAAACCAACUUCAACUGAAGGUAUGACACCUACAGCUGCAGCGCCAACUUCGAAGGCCCAACUUGCUAAACAGAAAUUAGCUCCAUCAGAUAAAAAAUUAGCUCGUGCUGUGCCUGAAUCAAGUAAAGAAGAUACUAGUUUUUCUGCUCCUGAGAAAUCACAAACAAUUUUUCGUCAAGAAGCGAGACCAUCUGCAGCAAUCAAAAAACAAGUUCCAUCCUCAGAUGCCCACCAUGAUACCAGGAAAAUCCAGCAUGCCACCCUUGCUAAUUUUCCCCCUGAUGAUUCACCAAUACCAGAUCAAGAUUCUAUUCAGUCUGCACAACAAUCUUCCUCAUCUGAGACUAGCAAAGAAGAGACUACCGUUGCUGCAGGUGGACCGACAUUGCCAACAACCAUCGGUAAAGAAACACAAGGUUCUCGACGCCCUACCAAGGCGGAGAGAAGACCUUCUGUUUAUCAGGAGGACCGUCUGGUUGCCGAAGACAGCCAUGAGCAACCGCAAACCCUCCCAACUGUUGGCAAAGCAGAUGGCUCUACACCAAAGCGUCAACAAGAUCCUGAAGAGAAAUCAAGUACUCCAGCGCCACCCCGAGCAAGAGUUCGUGAAAGUCGUCCUACUGAAGAGCCAUUUAAAGGGGACAUUGUUGAUGACCGAAAAGGAGCACCACCUCCAUUGGGCCAAGAACCAAGUUCCCAAGUCCAACGUGCCACAGAACUGUCACAGGAAGCAGGUCCUGAUGGAGAACUGUCCACCAUUGAUCAAUGGCGGCGCACAUCUGUGCCAUUACAGGGUGAUGAUGUGCUGGGUGGGUCUACCAUUGAUCAAAAGCCAACACCAAUGAGUGCACAAUCAAUACCCAGUGCUCGGGGCGCCAAUGAGAUGGUCAAAAAAGAGCAAAGAAUGGUACCACCUGCACGAACAGGAGCACAAACACCCAAUAUUCAGCAUGCUCCGUCAUCAUUCUCAGGAGAUGACAUGGCUGAAAGAGAUGGAGAGCCGGUACAAAUGCAAGCACCUAGUCAGCAUGCUCGUCCUACUUCAGUGCCUGCUAGAAGAGCAAUUCCUGAUGCUCGGGACACUAGUGAUCAAGAGUUUACUAACAAAUCUGAUGCACAAAGAUGGAAUGCCUUGAAAGCUAAGCAUGAUUUGGCCAUGACCAGUGAAGAUGUUCGGGAUGACAGUCCAUCACCUCAUGAUGCUACUGUUGACAACAAGACAGCAUUGCCUGCUAGUGGAGCACAAGGUUCAGACACUUGGCCCGGUUCAACAGCAUCCCCCGUAAAUGCUCAACCUACCCGUGAUGACGCACGUGUCGGAAGAUUUUCACGUGAUCAAGGGGCACAACCACCUGAAUCAACUCAAGCACAAACCCAUUUUGAUGCUCCACAUGACUCUGUAUCAACCCCAGAUGUACCUCGUGACACCUUGGACAAAAUCAAAUCUGCCAAACCAACUUCAACUGAAGGUAUGACACCUACAGCUGCAGCGCCAACUUCGAAGGCCCAACUUGCUAAACAGAAAUUUGCUCCAUCAGAUAAAAAACUAGCUCGUGCUGCGCCUGAAUCAAGUGAAGAAGAUACUAGUUUUUCUGCUCCUGAGAAACCACAAACAAUUUUUCGUCAAGAAGCAAGGCCAUCUGCAGCAAUCACAAAACAAGUUCCAUCCUCAGAUGCCCACCAUGAUACCAGGAAAAUCCAGCAUGUCACCCUUGCUAAUUCCCCCCCUGAUGAUUCACCAAUACCAGAUCAAGAUUCAAUUCUUUCUGCGCAACAAUCUUCCUCAUCUGAGACUAGCAAAGAAGAGACUAUCGUUGCUGCAGCUGGACCGACAUUGCCAACAACCGUCGGUAAAGACACACAAGGUUCUCGACACCCUAUCAAGGCAGAGAGAACACCUUCUGUUUAUCAGGAGGACCGUCUGGUUGCCCAAGACAGCCAUGAGCAACCGCAAACCCUCCCAACUGUUGGCAAAGCUGAUGGCUCUACCCCUCCAGCUCCAUCCAGAGCAAGAGUUCUUGACGGUCAUCCUACUGAAGAGCCAUUUAAAGGGGACUUUGUUGAUGACCGAAAAGGAGCACUACCUCUAUUGGGCCAAGAACCAACUUCCCAAGUCCAACGUGCCACAGAACUGUCACGGGAAGCAGCUCCUGAUGGAGAACUGUCCACCAUUGAUCAAUGGCAGCGCACAUCUGUGCCAUUACAAGGUGAUGAUGUGCUGGGUGGGUCUACCAUUGAUCAAAAGCCAGCACCAAUGAAUCAACGACCGAUACCCGGUGCUCGGGGUGCCAGUGAGGCGGUAGAAAAAGAGCAAAGAAUGGCACCGCCUGCACGAACACCCAAUGUUCUAAGCGCUCCAUCAUCAUUCUCAGCAGCCGACACAGCUGAGAGAGAUGGAGAACUAGUACAAAUGCAAGCACCAACUCUGCAUGCUCAAGAGGCACAACCACCUGAAUCAACUCAAGCACAAUCACCUUUUGAUGCUCCACAUGACUCUGUAUCAACCCGAGAUGUACCUACUGACACCUUGGACAAAACCAAUGUUUCCAAACCAAUUUCAACUGAAGGCAAGGUACCAGCGCCAACUUCGAAGGCCCAGCUUGCUGAAGAGAAAUUUGCUCCAUCAGAUAAAAAAUUAGCUCAUGCUGCACGACCAACUUCAACUGAAGGCAUGGCACCUACAGCUGGACCAGCGCCAACUUCACGGGCCCAACUCUCUGAACAGAAAUUUACUCCAUCAGAUAAAAAACCUGAGAAACCACAGACAAUUUUUCGUCAAGAAGUGAGACCAUCUACGCCGAUCACAAAACAAGUUCCAUCCCCAGAUGCCCAUCAUGAUACUAGGAAAAUCCAGCAAGUCACCCUUGAUAAUUUUCCCACUGAUGAUUCAUCAAUGCCACAAUCCCCUGAACCAGGCACAAAGGACUCUCCAGCCUCAAAUACCCAAAUUGCUAAAGCUGAUGGUUAUGUUCGUCCAACCAGGGAUAGCGAAGUAUUUCCUGCUAUAAAGAAAUCUGCCCCACCAGAUCAAGAUUCAAUUCAGUCUGCAAAACAACCUUCCCCAGCUGAGACCAAUAAAGAAGAGACUAUCGUUGCUGCAGCUGAACCGACAUUGCCAAUAAUUGUCGGUAAAGAGACACAAGGUAUGAGAGGCGCUCCAACCUUGGAUUAUGAGCCCAGUGAAGAAAAACGUGCUGAUAUUCCAGAACAGAAAUUCAGCCACUCAGAUCAGGAUUCAGUUCGUCCCACGCAAUCAAGAUCCUCUGCUGAGCCUAUGGAUAGAGAGCUUAGUUAUCCAAGCUCUGUGAAACCACUUUCCUCAGCCACACCUGACCAGACAAAGGACUCACAACCAACUAUUGGUCAACAAGCGCCUGCAUCAGAAUAUCCAUCCUCAGGUACCCACCAUACUUCAGGGAAAUUUCAGGAAGUUGCUCCUGUUGACCACCAUAUUGUUGAAUCAAUUCCAGGCGAAGGACAAGUUUACCGCACCGGACCUGAUUUUGAGCUAUCUGAAGGCCCAGUCCCUGAUCCACGUAGUGCCAUAGGUGAAAAGGCUACGAGACCUCCAUCUAGCCAAGCACAAAGUUCAGACUCAAAACCUGAUCCCACACAAAACAGUGCUGAUGAGCCUUCCACAAGAUCUUUACCCAAUCAAGUAGCAAAAGAACAUGCAGAAACCCAAGCAACACUGCCUCUCGUGCGUCCACAUGACACCGAAUCCACCCAAGAUGUAACUUCUGACACCUUAGGGAAAGCCAAGUCACUGAAACCAUCCUCUAUAGGUCAAGAAGCUACAGGUUCAGCAUUAACUCCUGACACUCAUCUUGGUAGUGCACCAGGGGAAGUAGCUCGCCCAGAUGAAGAUUCAGCUAACCCUGGACAGAAGUCUUCCUCGAGUGAGCGACAGAAAGAACAGUCUACUGUUGCUGCACCCAAUCAAGCCAAGGCGUCACAAGCAACUAGUGAAGUAGUAACCUCUGUUGAUCAAAGCAUGGCUCCAUCAGAACUACUUCCCCUGGAGUCUACAGUUGCUGAAGCUGAAGAAAGCAAAGUAUCUCGACCAGUCAUCGCGCAGCAAGACAUUAGGCAUGAACCGGACAUUUCAGAAACAGUGCUUGAUGAGGAUCACAACAAGGAAGCAGUUUCGAGGGAAGAACAAGACCAACAUGCUUCUGAGCCACGUGAAGGACCACCUCCUGAUGUGCGUGGCGCCUUUGUCGACAAAAAAACAGCUCCCUCUUCUAGUCAAGCACAACAUCCAGAUGCAAAACGUGGUUUGCUACCUUCUAGUGUUGAUCUUGAAAACAAAACCACUCCACCUUCUAGUCAAGCACAAAGUUCAGAUGUAAAAGAUCAGGAUUCAGCUCGUUCUACGCAAUCGAGUUCCUCUGCUGAGGCCAUGGAUAAAGAGCUUAACUCCCCUUUGUCAGCUCAAGAUAUAGCUCGUUCUGCACAAAGGCCUUUCUUUGUUCAGCCAACAAAAGAAAAUGGUAUUGUUGCUGCAUCCGAUCAAACUAACGAGGCACGGCCUAUAAGUGAUCAACGAGGAAUAACUCCUACUCCAGACAAACAAAGAAUUCCUGAUCUGGGUGGUGGUGUUGAUAAAAAGAUGUCACCUCAAUCUAGCCAAGCACAAAACUCAGACAUUAGGCCUGAUUCAGCACCAAUUGGUGGCGAUGUUCAUCGUACUAGUGGCGAUGAACCAGCCACACGUGAUUCACAGGCACAACCUCCUGCAGGAACUCAGAAUGUACCUGCUAAUUUCAUGGAAAAGACCAAGUCAUCAAGACCACCCUCCACUGAUCAAGAACCUAUGGUUAGUCCAGCACCAGCUCCAGAUGCUCCGCAAGAUCAAGAUUCAAAUCGCUCUUCACUGUUUUCUCCCUCUGUUGUAUCAAGGAAAGAUGUUGCUAACGCUGAUCAAACCAAUGUAUCACAAGCAGGCCUGCGAGAGCCCCCGAGUUCAAAUGCUAAACUUCCUUCAGAGGAAAUACAGGAAUCUAGCCCCGAUGCUUAUCUCACCAAGUCAGAGAAACCACUUCCUAUGAAAGAUCCAGUUUGGCCUCCACGUGAAGCUUCCUUUGAUUUAUCGAGAGGUGGAAAGCCCACUAUGAUCAACGGUGAUCAGGCCAGCACAAUAUCAGAUGUCAGUCCCUCAGCCAGCGAAGAAGUUGGUCAAUCUGAAAAUAGUGCAGUUAAAGGACCACUCCCUGCAGAGUUAGUACCAUCAUUUCCUCAGGAGAACCUUGAAAAACCGUCACCUGAAGAAAAAUGGAACCAGCAGCAGCAAACAGACCAAUCCAGCAGUAGAUCAUCUAAAGAUAACAACAUUGAAGCCAGUGGAACUAGAAAUCCUAGCACCUCAAUAAUACCUAGAGAUAUAGAACCUUCACCACUCAAGGAAAGAAUGCAGGCAGUUGAAGGAUCUAGAAACCAACAACAGUCUGACCAAGCUGUCUUUCAAUCAACACAGGAUAACAAAACACAAACUAAAGAAACUGAGGCCCGAGACACAGCAUCUGACCAGCCUGAAGUGAUUAGGCCUGAUUCAGCACCAACCAGUGGUGAUGCUCCUCGUACAAGUGGUGAUGGGCCAGCCACAAGUUCGUUACCAAGACCACCCUUCACUGAUCAAGAACUUGUGACACCUCUGAUUAGCCCAACACCAGCUCCAGAUGCUCCGCAAGAUGAAGAUUCAACUCAGUCUCCUAAGUUGCCUCCUGUUGUAUCAAAAAGAGUUAUUGCUAACACUGAUCAAACCGAUGUAUCGCCAACAGGCUUGAGAGAGACCGCAAGUUCAGUUGCUACGCCUCCUUCAGCGAAAAUACAAGAAUUUAGCCCUGAUGCUUCUCUCACCAAGUCAGCAAAACCACUUCUUCCUAUGACAGGUACAUAUCCAGUUCAGCCUCCACAUGAAGCUUCGGUUGAUUUGUCAAGUGAUGGGAAGCCCACUAUGAUCAAAGGUGACCAGGCGAACACAAUAUCAAAUGUCAACCUCUCAGCCAGCCAAGCAGUUGGCCAGUCUGAAAAUAGUGCAGUUAAAGGACCACCCUCUGAUGGUUCAGUAUCAUCAUCACCUCAAAAGAGCCUUGAAAGGACAUCACCUGAAGAAAAACCGAAGCAGCAGCGCCAAUCCAGCACUAGACCAUCUAAAGAUGACAGCAUAGAAGCCAGUGAAACUACAAGCCCGAACAUCUUAACAACAUCUGGAGAUAUACAACCAUCACCUCUCAACCAACCGUCACCUAUGAAGGAAAACAUUCAGGCAGCUGAGGGAUUCAGAAACCAACAACAGGCUGACCAAGAUGUUUUACAACCAAGACAGGACAACAGAAAGCGAAUUGAAGAAACUGAGGCACAAGACACUUCAACUGACUAUCCCGAAGACACCAAUGGAGCAUCUCAAAGGGCUGCUUUGGAACAAGAGAAGGGAGAAAAUGUCGGGAGGGUUCAGCGGCAGAGCAAUGACACAAACAAUAGCUAUGAACCAACUAAAGAUGCUCCAAGUAUCAUCCAGGCAGACAAUGAAUCUGAGAGCAGCUCAAGAACUCCUGAAGAACCCAAGCAACAACUACAGCGGGAAGGCAAAACUCAAGGUGGCGAAACCAAGGCGCCAGCCUCCGAAACAGGGCAGCCUGAAGAAAGCCCAAGCAAGAAGGGUAUCACUAGUCAAUCUCAGUCAGAGACCUCGGACAAACUGGAAGACCAAACCUCCUCUGCUACCCGGAACAGAGGCACAAACCCCGGCAAAUUGGACGGGGCAAGUGAUGACACUAAGUCCGCCGACACAGACGAUAAUAAUCCAUCGUCAUGAAUCACACCGGCAUGGCUCCUCAACCAACACAUGAUGCUGGAGUGCAUCGCAGAAGAAAUAUCAAUGGAUAAGUUUCUUUUUCUGGCUCUGUUUUGUUCAGAUAAUAAGGCCUGCCCUCUUGUCAUCCUCGAAUGGGGCCAUUAUCAUGUAUCUUUGUCUGCUCUUUUUGUUGCAAACUGGCGGCUUGUUUGCUCAUGAAAGUGACUGUAUUCUGUAUAAUUUAUAUUUUUGUAAUUCUGGGACUGCGGCCGGCAGCGUUGUUCUUUGCAACCACCUUCUUCCAUUGUGACCAAUUCCAGUUACAUAUUCAAGAUGAUUCUCAGCAGUUGCUGAUUUUUAA